GCCAGUUGAUCUCUUACUAGUUUUAUCGGUUUAUCCUAAAUUCUGAAACCAGAUUUACUUCUUGGAGAUAAUGGCUAUCAUUUUUGGGUCUCCACCUUCAAUUUCUCACCCCAUCAACAGAAUUCAGCACCUCUCAUCAUCUUCACAAACACCACCACCACAACCAGGGCCUUCUGCAACACCACCACAACCAGGGCCUUCCCCCACAACACCACAAAAACUUCAGCCUCAAUCUUCAUCAUCUUUACGGAUAAGUUCUACUGAUCAACAGUCACCGCUAGCUGUAAAUUCGCCGAAACAAAAACCUAGUAAAGCUGAAUCUACCGAUUGGAUAGCAUCAUCAUUAACAAGAAGGUUUGGACUUGGUGCUGGUCUUGCAUGGGUUGGUUUUCUCGCUGUUGGCGUAAUCUCCGAGCAGAUCAAGACUCGCCUAGAAGUCUCAGAACAAGAAGCAAAUACCAGGGACGUGGAGAAGGAGGUCGAAGUGUUGCUGCCUAAUGGAAUCAGGUAUUACGAAAUGAGAGUAGGAGGUGGUGCAACUCCAAGGCAAGGAGACCUAAUUGUAAUUGAUCUAAAAGGAAAUGUUCAAGGCAAAAAUGAAGUUUUUGUGGACACAUUCGAAAAAGAUAAGAGACCAUUGGCUCUUAUAAUGGGUUCAAGGCCUUAUACCAGAGGAAUGUGUGAAGGCAUAGAAUCUGUUUUAAAGACAAUGAAAUUAGGAGGCAAAAGAAGAGUUAUGAUUCCUCCUAGUUUGGGUUUUGGAGAGAAUGGUGCAGAGUUUGGUGCAGGAAUUCAAAUCCCUCCAUUUUCAACUCUCGAGUACAUUGUUGAAGUCGAUAAAGUUUCAAUUGCACCCGCUUGAUUUUUCAACUAUACACCCAUAUACCGUACCUGUAAUUUUACUUCAUUUGGUAACCUCAAUGAACCAAGAGUACUAGUGCAGCUUCUAUCAUACAGUAGUGCAACCCGAAUCGGAAAUGUUUAAAGUCUAUAUUGUAACCGAUGCUAUAUUUCUCAGUACUUUCUUGUUCUAACAGGCAUUCAAGUGCAAAAACAAAAAAGUAAUACACUAAGAUUGUCAGCCUUGCACAAGAACUCCAUAGAAGCUUUCAGUACAACCCUA